UCUAGGUUGUUUAUAAACUGUGGACCGCGGUCUGUUUAAAGCGGUUUGAUCGAUUAUAAUUAGAGCAAAAAAUCCUUGCUCUCUCGUUGUAAUUGGUCCAUCAAUUAUUUCGUAAACUUUUGGACCGUACCGAUAAUCAAAAUAUCUCGGUUAUUAUCUUUCGCUCUCGCUUCUUGAGCGCCAAAACUCCUUCCAAUUAUGCAUCGAGUUCGGUGACAUAUGUGUUCUCGGAAUGACAAUGAACAUUGCAAGAGGAGUGGAAUUAGUUUUUGGUAGGCUAAAUCAUUUGAAGGAACGCUUAUUCUCGCCUAAAAACUUAUUAUAUACAAAUGUAGGCAUAUCAAUUUCUCUUUCUGGGACAGGAGAUAUUUUAGAGCAACAUUAUGAGAUGUUAAAGGGUGAUUGGGAUAGAUGGAGUUUUGUCAGGACAAGAAAUAUGGCCAUAUCUGGCAUGUCUAUUGGGAUAGUUUGUCAUUACUGGUAUAAGUUUUUGGACACUAGAAUGGCCGGACGCACCAUUGGUAUAGUUUUAAAAAAAGUGGUUGUAGAUCAAUUGAUUUGCUCACCUCUUUGUAUAAGUAUGUUUUUCUUGACGCUAGCCAUGCUGGAGAACAGUAGCUUCAAAGAGUUUAAAGACGAAAUCCGAAAAAAAGCACAUAGAUUGUACAUAGCUGAAUGGGUUAUAUGGCCUCCAGCACAGGUCAUUAAUUUCUAUUUCCUUCCUACACGAUACAGAGUGCUUUAUGAUAAUAUGAUAUCUCUUGGUUAUGAUGUCUAUACCAGUCAUGUGAAGCACAAUAUAUGAAGUUAAUAGCGAUUUUGAUUAAUAGAAUUUGAAUGAAAUUACAAAUAUAAACAGAAUUUAAAUAACAA